AAGGGGCCCGUCUUUAGAUUCGGGCGCUGGUUUUAUCAUCUGAUCACCGGUGAAGCCGUGAGGCGCAACGGUUACGCCCCGUUUUCUUCUGCACACGCCCAGUCGCCGCCGGCCAGAUAACGCAAGAGGCAGCUUGAAACGACUCGCCGUGAAACUAUACGCGUCGCCUCGAGUCUCAAGUCUCUUCAUCACUGUUGAGCUGCCGGUCUUUACUUUGCCCCCCGGCAGCUCGUUUCGUGGCCGCAUAACAGCGCAUCGGCGCGGCCACUUGGAGACGGCGCUUGGGUCAUUGACACCAUGGGAGGACGCGGAGGCGCACCGGGAUCAGGCGAUGACUACUCCUUCGUCAGUCCAGUUGUCAAGUACCUGCUGUUCUUGUUCAAUUUUAUAUUUUGGAUAUGUUCCCUGGUGAUGGUGGCCAUCGGCGUGUUCGCGCGCUUGAUGAAACAUGCCGAGGCAGCACUUGCAUGUCUGGCGGUGGACCCCGCUGUGAUGCUGAUGGUCGUGGGCUUCCUCAUGUUCAUCAUCACCUUCUGCGGCUGCGUGGGCUCCCUGCGAGAAAACAUCUGCCUUCUGCAGACAUUCUGUAUCUGCCUGACGGUGAUCUUCCUGCUCCAGCUCAUCGCCGGGAUUCUUGGCUUCGUCUUCGCCGAUAAGUCUCGGGACCGAGUGACGUGGAUGAUCAACAACGCCAUCGUCCACUACAGGGAGGACAUCGAUCUGCAAAACCUCAUCGACUUUGGUCAGAGAGAGUUUGGCUGCUGCGGCGCCGUGACGUACACGGACUGGUCCCAGAACAUGUACUUCAACUGCACGCAGGACAACCCCAGCAACGAACGCUGCUCCGUCCCCUUCUCCUGCUGCAACCUGUCCGAAGACAAGGUGGUCAUCAACACCAUGUGUGGCGCCGGCAUGCAGCAUUUAGAGUACAUUGAAGCCGGAGACCACAUUUACACCAAUGGCUGCAUAGACAAACUGGUGAAUUGGAUCCACAGUAACAUGUUCCUACUGGGAGGGGUCGCCCUGGGACUGGCUAUACCACAGCUGGUUGGAAUCCUCUUGUCUCAGAUCUUAAUCAACCAGAUCAAAGACCAGAUCGCGCUCCAGAACUACAACCUCAAGCACCGCUCUGACCCGUGGAGCUGACCCAGUCAGGGGGGGGGCACCCGCAGUGAGGACGGUUCCACAAAGAGUUAUCUGUGCCUGUAAUGAUUGCUGUUUGACUUUCCAACACAAGACCGGUGAUCAGCCCGCAUGUGGACUAACAGUAAACGCGCUUUCAAAUACUGAGAACUAGAGGAGGUCAAAAUAAACUCACGGAGAAACGGGACUCUGUCGCCACCUACCGGACGUAGAUCCUUGAAUUUACCAAACUUUAGACGGUACUUGAUGAGGGUAUUUGGUCAUAUUAACUCAAGAUCUGCAAUUGGGGUAAUAUAUUAUUCGCCUCUAUUUUUUUUUGUCAAAGACGCCAAACAAGAGUGGGACUUACGGCAGAUGUAUUUCUUUACGGGAAAAUGUGAACUACCCUGAAAUGGGAAAUUUUCUAACAUAUUUUUUUUUGUAGAAUUUUUUUUUUAUUUUCUAAAUGGAAUGCAUGCACAACAGUAUUUCUAGUGGCUGCGAGUAUCUCUGAGGUUGCUCUGAUAUUUGGUUCAUAGUUUCUUUUUAUCUCAUCAGCAAUUUUUAUCCUAAUAUAUGCACUUCUUCAAUGGGAUGAUGAAAUACCUGUGUCAUAGGUCAGACUACUUCAUAGUUGGGAUGUCUUUUUUACAUUUUCACAGGCUUAUAUGUUUUUAAAAAAUGUUACCACCCAAGAAAUGCCAUUUAACUUUCUAAUAAAAAAGUACAAUACAUUUUUUA